AUGGAUUCGAAACUGUUUUGUGUGAUCAUCAGCGCAAUGUGUGCUUUGCAACUGGUGUAUUCAUGUCCCUUAGAUGACUAUGAUAAUCUCUAUGUACAAGACAAACAGAAUAUUAGUCUGUACUUUGCUCGUCUUCAUGUAAUGGGUCGUGUUUUUAUUUCGGACCUUCAGUUUAUACGAGACCAGAUAACAAGCGAUCCAAAUUCAACAAUGAACGAUUUAGAAACCGCUUGGAACAAAUUUUCCAAGAACAUGACUGACAUCAAAAACAACGAUAACAUUCGACCUGUUGACCUUUUACUGAGAGACUUAGAAAAAAUUCAAAACGGCAUCGCAGAUUAUCAGAGUAAAGUAGCAUUACUCAAAGAGAAAACCUCAGGUGCUGAUGCCAACACACCAGUUAAAGAGUUGCUUGAAGCAAUGUUAAAAGAAUAA